AUGUCAGGCAAUAUUCCAGGCCCAAGCAAGGCUUUGGAGAUCCAAAUUCCAUGUAUAGUCUUCCUUGUCACCACACCGGCCUUCGUGGCGAGCCGAAUGUGGUUCCGGUUCAAGUCCAAGUCAGGCCUAGGAUGGGAUGACUGGACCAUUUUGGCCUCCGGCAUAUCUGCGGUUAUCGUCAUGGCUUUGAUGCUGGCGUCCUGUGCCUAUGGCUUUGGCCAACACAUCGCGAAUCUCACAACGUCGAAUAAGCUAAUGACUUUGAAGCUCUUUUUCGUCAGUCAAGCUUUCUACAAGCUCACCAUGAACAUGACAAAGAUGUCCAUCCUGAUGCUCUAUCUUCGCAUUUUCAUCCAACGUUGGUUCCGCAUCACCUGUUAUGUGCUCUUGGUUAUCAUAUCCUCCUACAUGGUAGCCGCCUUCUUCGCUUCCGUAUUUCAAUGCACGCCAGUAGCUCGAGCCUGGGACAAGACCAUUACAGGGACAUGCAUUGACAUAACCACCAACUGGUACGCCAACGCUGGCUUCUCAAUCGCUACCGAUUUCAUCAUAUUGGGGCUGCCGAUGUAUCCAAUCUACAAGUCAAAAAUAGUAUUGAAACGGAAGAUUGCCCUGAUGAUGGUGUUUGCCCUCGGCGCCUUUGUCGCGGUUACAAGCAUUCUUCGAAUGCAGACUCUGGAUUUCUCCUCCACCAGUCCGGAUACCACCUACGAUAUUGAUUCUUCAAUAUGGACGAUAACCGAAGAAAACGUGGCGAUCACCUGUGCCUGUCUGCCGAUGAUGUGGGCACCACUGGCCAGGCUCUUUCCCUCCUUCCUGUCCACGGAUCAUCGAGAAGGCAGCCACAAUAGCACGGCUGUCAUGAGCCCAGGAUCCACCACCACACCGCGAUAUCGAAACAGCUGGAGCCAGCUUGAUGCAUAUCCCGAUGACAAGGACGAUAUCAAUAUGAACCAAACCAGCGGUUCCCAGAACUGUUCCCCGGGGGCCAGCACGUGGCAGAUUGAUUCGUCUCACUGUGGCGACAAAACCCAUCGCAGUGCAAUGGGCAUUCAGAAGGUCACGGAAUAUCAUGUCUCUCAUUUUCACGCGAAAACGACUUCUAGCUGA